AUGAGUCGCGCGUGGUUAAAUCGUCUGGCUAAACAGUUGAAUUCCUCCGAGAGUUUUGAUGGUGCUAAUGGGGAAUUUUACGCAGAGCUUCUCUUCUUUAAGAAUCGCAGUCGGGGUAGUGGAUGUCGUGGGAAGAAAGGAAAUCCAGGCAAUAUGUCCUAUGAGCAAACGUUAAAAAAGAAAAAAUGGAUUGUGACGAUCAAAAACGAAGAUGAACUUUGCGCAGCGCGCGCCAUCGUGACAAUGAAGGCGCUAGCGGAUCAGGAUCCGCAGUAUGAGAAUAUCAAAAGAGGUCGUGGUCAGCAGGGCUAUCUUCCCCACGAACUACAUCGCGACAGUGGUGUACUUGAGGGUCCUUGUGGUUUGGAGCAGAUCAAGCAGAUUCAGCAGUUCAUGGGGCCUACUUAUCAGAUCCAAGUAUUUGAAGCCAUGCAAGGAUUGCUGUGGUAUAAAGACUGUGCUUUUGAAAGUGCUCCUAAGAAAAUUACCCUCCUCAAAGUUGAAAACCAUUUCCACGGAUUGCGAAGUAUUCCUGCUCUGCUGAACCGCAGUUACUACUGU